AUGCUAAAAUUUGCACCGUUAAAUGUUCCAUUUGAAAGAAGAAGACAAACUGCAACUGUGUUAUUUUGGCUUAUGUCUUUACCGGUUACAUUGUUUUUAUUCUUUUUGUGUUGUACAAUACCAUUUUUUUGGCCAUGGAUUAUUGCAUAUUUGCUAUUUGCGCUUUUUGAUAUUGCACCUGAAAAUGGUGGAAGAAGAUUUGAUUUUGCUAGGAAAAAUAUAUAUUGGAAAUGGUACGCUAAAUAUUUUCCAAUCAAAUUAGUAAAGACGGCGGAUUUAGAUCCAAAAAAAAAUUAUUUAUUUGGAUAUCAUCCACAUGGAGUCAUAUCAGUUGGAGCAUGGACAAAUUUUGCAACAGAAGCCAACGAUUAUUCCAAACAUUUUCCUGGUAUAACAUGUAGACUGUUGACUUUGUCGGGCAAUUUCAAUAUGCCACUUUAUCGUGAAUAUUUGAUGGCUCAAGGUGUCGCGUCUGUGUCAAGACAAUCAUGUGAAAACAUUUUAAAGAAAGGACCAGGUCACUCAGUGAUGAUUGUGAUUGGAGGAGCAGGUGAAAGUUUGAGUGCAAGACCAGGUGUUUAUGAGUUGAUAUUAAAAAAAAGGUUAGGGUUUGUUAGGUUGGCCAUACGAUGUGGUGCUUGUCUGGUACCUGUUUUUUCAUUUGGUGAAAAUGAUAUUUGGGAACAGGCCGAUAAUCCUAGGGAAAGUAAGGUUUGGAAAUUCCAGAAGCUGAUACAAAAGUAUAUCGGAUGGACAAUGCCGUUAGCCUACGGAAGAGGACUUUUCAACUAUGAUAUCGGAGUUCUUCCACAUAGAAGACAAAUUACAACUGUUGUCAUACAAAAUGCUAAUCCAAGUGAUGAAGAGGUUCUUAAAAUCCAGGAAGAAUAUAUCGAAGAAUUAUUUAAAAUUUGGAAUGAUUACAAAGAUGUAUAUGCACCGAAUAGAAAACGAGAAUUAACUUUAAUAGAGUAA